GGCUGGCAGGCGAUCAACGAACAAAGAAGGAGGCAGCUCACCGAAGAAAAGCAAAGAGCAAAAGAAGACCUAGAAGCGGGGAAGGAGGAAAAGAAACAGCAGCAAAAGCAAAGCCAAGUCACGUUCACGUUUCGCUGCCGCAGCCGCAGUCGCAGUCGUCACCACAAAUGAUCUCUGUGCGGGCAGCGAGAGGGAGGAAUCAAAUCAGCUGGCAGAGUUCCAAGCAGAACCAGCUCUCUCAUUCUGCUUGCCCACUGACAUCAAGAGAGUGUCUCUCUGCGGGAAGAAAUGAUCCGAGCGUUGUUUUGAGUGCUAAAAGAGAGCGAGUUGGCAGAGCAACUUGAGCGUUCUCUUAGCAAAGAAAUCGGCUCAAGAGAAAUCAUUGCUUCGCUCUCACUUAUUGACAGAGCUAAGAGAUCUUCAGUGCCUGCUCUUGAGCGAUCCCGCAGUCGGCAAAUUACGCUCAAGAGUGUCAGUUCAGCGCGGAGUCAAAACACAAGCCAGAAAAAAAAAGUUGUUGAUCGUGUACUGUGACAGUGACCUUCAGGAGGAGCAUAAUUACUAACAGCCCAGAAAUAAGGACCCGGAAACCCACCUCAGUGCUCUAAUUUUGCAUCAAUCCUCAUAUUCAUUUGGCUGGUAGCGACCUUCCCAGACUGGAGAGGUUCCUACUGCCAUAGCUCGCUGGUGCAGCAUCUUGGUUGAUCAUCGCGAUCUUCGUGGGUGGCUGGUGCUUGUUUUUGGCAGCCGUAAAGCGCUCACGGUAAUAUUUGCACAGUCUGACCAGGGCAAUGACAUGCACAACUAGAAAGGAAAACAAAUUGCAUCAGAAACAAUGAAUCAAUAUUAAGGACUCUUCCCCACUUGGAAUAAAAAUGGUUCCGAAGGCCACAAUUGGGAAUGGAUUGCUUAUAAUUAGGCCCAACUUGAACAAACCUGGACCAUCCUGCGGGGGUCCUGGCCCAGAUGGAGGACCGUUGAUCCUGGCAGUCCCCAGCAGUCGCUCCAUGGUCCAAAAAGUGUCAAGAACCUUCGCGAAUAAGAGUUUUCUUCAACGAAGAUGGCAAUCCUGGCAACAUCCUACAACACUUCCACUGUCCAGAAUGUCUGUCAAUAAUGUCAUCUACAUGAGGAUCUUACCCAAGAAAGCGGCCAUCAAGGACGAAUAUGACCUGGGAAGUCCUGCAGAUCUGAAGGACAAACUGAAAAAUGCAGACGUACCUUAGAUAUUUAAUUUAAGUUAAAAAACUAGCCUUAAAAAGAUACAUUUGUGAACCCUAAAAAUUAAGGAUAUUUUUAUGGUUUAUUCAAAAAGUAUGCCCUAGUAGCCGUGGCCUGCAGUCCUUGUCGUCCUUGAUGUAUUCAAACGAUGCAGGACACUUUUCCGCUCACGUGGAGGCGUGGCACGACCUUAUCCGACAGGAAACAGCCGAGUUA